CUUGGAUAAAUAUGUGUUUAACAUAAACCUUAAAUCAUAUGUAAUAAUUGAAUAGUGCAUCUUUCCGAAAUAUGAAAGAUUGUUGAGAACCAUAUUCACCCGCGUAAAUAAAUGAUAUUGGAAUAUGAUUGCUUCGGUUCUGAAAGACGGUAGCCAUCUUGGUUUGGAACAAAGAUUUUGAUAGAUUUAGUCUAUCUGUGCAUUGCUGUGUAUGCCUUUCUUCGGUGAUCUUAUACCUCUUCUGGAACACUCUAAUAUGGUUUGGAAAUCAUUCUACAAUUUAACGUAGCAAUGGCAGAUAGAAGGAAAUUGCAAGUUGAGAUUGAUAGGUGCUUGAAGAAAGUGGGUGAGGGUGUGGAGACUUUCGAUGACAUUUGGCAAAAGGUUCAUAAUGCAACUAAUACCAAUCAAAAAGAAAAAUAUGAAGCAGACUUGAAGAAAGAAAUCAAGAAGUUACAACGGUUACGAGACCAGAUAAAAACAUGGAUGGCUUCAAACGACAUCAAGGACAAGCAGAUCCUUAUGGAUAAUAGGAAACUCAUUGAAACUCAAAUGGAACGCUUUAAAGUAGUCGAAAGAGAAACAAAAACUAAAGCUUACUCAAAAGAAGGUUUAGGUGCUGCUGCCAAAUUAGAUCCCAUUCAAAAAGAGAAAGAUGAGGUCACAUCAUGGUUAUCUCAUAAUAUCGAAAAUUUGAACAUCCAAAUCGAUCAAUUUGAAUGUGAGAUUGAAACGUUGAUGGUGGGGUCUAAAAAGAAAAAGUUAGACCGAGAUAAGACUGAGAAAGUAGAUGCGUUCAGGCUAUGGUUAGAAAGGCAUCGAUUUCAUGUUCGGCAGCUAGAAACAUUAAUGCGAAUGGUUGAUAAUGAUGCCCUUGAAUUAGACCAGCUGAAGAAAAUUAAAGAAGAUGUUGAGUAUUAUAUUGAGGCAAACCAAGAGCCCGAUUUCGAGGAGAACGAAUUCAUUUAUCAUGACAUUGACAUUGAGGAUAUUGGUACGCUAGUUGCGACAUCACCCACAGAAGAAGAUGGUUUUACGAACAUGUCAGGAACGCCAACGUCGACAAAUUCAAGUUCACCUUCUCCUAGUCCCGGCCUCUCUAACCAUUCCAAGGACGAUGAUAGGAAAAGGCAUAAGUCGGAAGAGGUACGGCGCAGCAUUUCGGCCCAGGAAAGGUCAAAAAAUAAUACAAACAUUAAAAUGCCAUCAACUCCAACAAAAUUAUCAAGUUCGUCAGGGACGUCAAUAAUAGGAAGCAGUAACCAUAAUACGAUAGCAUCGCCUCCGCCAGGUCCUGGGUAUGCACAUGCUGCACAGCAAAAUAGUAAUGCAGGUCCAGGUUCAAUGCACUCCCAGAUGACUUCAAUUCCAAAAUACAAUAGGUUUCCUCCUACAUGUAGGCAGGAGUUGUCUAACAACUCAUUGUUUUCCUAUGAUUCCAAGCCAAUGAUGAACUCCAUAGACCACUCAUUAGCAAACAGUCUAGGACCGAUUAUCACAUCACCGACGGUGACCACAGCAGUAUCAGAAUCUUUAAUAACUAGCCAAUCAGUUAUACCUCCUGCCCCAUCACCCAGCUUGAUAAUGACUGCGCAGCCCACUGUAUCAAGUGUGAUAACGAAUGCAACAAGUAGUAUGCCGAUGCCAAAUAACAUGAGCAAUUCAGUCAUGCCAGAGAUUUUGAUGAAUGGACCAGCGAGUGCAGGGGGGAACCUUCCAAACGACACGUCAUCCUCACCCACAGAUGCCAUGUCUUCACUGAAAUCAAUAGCACAGCAAGCGCUCAUGAAAUUCCAUGAAGGAGGAUUAGAGUUGCCCACUUCGGAGUCGGAAGGCGAACCUCCUAGUGUCAUGGAAAAUAUGAACAGCGGUUUCUUUCUGAAUAAUACAUCUGAGCCUGCCACGCCAUCCCCCGAAAUUUCACUGCAGUCUCAACAACCGCAGCCACCCCAACCCCCACCACCAACACAACAGCAACCAACCCAGCAACAGACUCCACCACAGCAGCCACCUCAGGCACCACCACCUCCACCCCCACAGCAACAGCAGACGACGACGAUUCAUCUAAACCCGUUAUUGGGCGUUGCGCCAUUAGGCCCUCAGCCACUAACAAAGGAACACUGCUAUCAAUCGGCAAUGCUGGAGUCCGGAUUUCAUCAUCAGCCACACCCGUCAGAUUCUGAAAGGUUACGGCAAUACCUUCCACAUAACCCCUGCCCAACCCCAGCAUACUAUCCUCAGGUUUCGCCAUCUCAUUCAGAUACGGUGGAGUUCUUCCAGAGGUUGUCAACAGAAUCACUUUUCUUCAUUUUCUACUACAUGGAGGGAACUAAGGCUCAAUACUUAGCAGCUAAAGCUCUGAAAAAACAAUCUUGGAGGUUUCACACUAAGUACAUGAUGUGGUUUCAACGGCAUGAGGAGCCAAAAACAAUAACAGACGAAUAUGAGCAGGGCACAUACAUCUAUUUCGAUUACGAGAAGUGGGGCCAACGGAAAAAGGAAGGAAUGACGUUUGAAUACCGGUACCUUGAAGAUCGAGACUUGAACUGAACUGCCAUCCGACAUAUCUGAGCGGAGAACAUGGCAUUUCCAUCAUAGUGAUGGAUAGUACUCUGCACGCACUAGCCAACUCUGAACAAGCUGGCCGACGUCAGGAGUGACACGUGCUGUUUCAAAAAUUAUCAGUUGAUCCCAUUCAGGACUGAACAUAAACUUUUAAGAAAUUUCUAUCUUUCCUUUUCAAUACCUCACUUCAAAAGUUGUUUGGUAUUAUUGGAAAAUUAUCUGAAAAGCUUCAAAACAUUAAUCCAUUAUCGGAUUAUGUAUGAUUUGAUGUUUCUUGGUGAUCUUUGUGUUCAAAUAAAAAGUUAUUUUCAGCCCUGAGUGGGUGUUUGCCUGAGGUGGUCAAGCCACACUUUAUCCCUCUAAUUUACGGUUUCAUGUUGUAGGCUUGGUUGUCCUAGAGAGAACAAUGCAGAUGUGUGAUUUGGAUAUUUUGUAUGGCCAUGGGGGCUACCUGUAACUGUUCCCAAGCUGAGCAUUUUGCCAUUUAGCCACUGGUUGGCUCUUGUGGUCCCCGGUGCACAUUGCUUUAAAGGAACAGUACGGGUUAGCCCACUGCACACACUGGACAUUUGACUUCUUUCUUUGAAGGUGGUCUGGAGUACAACAAGAGAGAAUACAUGCUUGCUUUAUUUAGUUAUCUGUGACACUUGCUACUUUUGGAUUGUACAUUGUAUAGUGCAGCCCUUCAGGGACUGAAGAUGAUUUCCAUUUCUCUUUAACAGAAAAAGGACUCUGCUGCUGUUCUCUUUACCUGUUGUAGCAGGGUAAAAUUGACUCUGCCAGGCAGAGAAGUGACUCCGCUAUAAAUUGAACAUGGUGAAUCUUUUUCAGUGUAAAAUGUUGGCCAUUUAAGUGCUCUCUUUGGACCAUGCCAGAUCAUGAUCUGGUCGUCAAAUGCUUGUUGAAGAGCUUCCUUUUGGUGCGUUUUUGGUUGUCUAUACCAAGGACCAGUCAGUCUUUGUCCUUGAAGGGUUUUGAGCAACUGCCAAGCAGGUUGAGACAUGGUUGAGGAUGCACUGUGCAUUGGUUUGAGUGCCUUUUGUACAUAACUGUAUGUAUUGUAAGAAGUGUGAAUGUGAUGUCGGUGUGAAGCACAGUGCAUUCUCAGGGUCAGGUUAGGCUAUGUGGAGCAAAUGUCAUCCAGCCAUUUUAUCUCAUCAGAACUUGAUGGAGACACCGUCUUGGAUGGUGCCAUCGUCUACCUCAUGGUGUCUGAGGAGUUGGUCUUGCUCGUUUUAGUCACAGUAAAUUUAACUGGGAAGUCUUGCCCAAAUGGUUGAGAAUUACAGCAAAUCUGCUGGUGUCCUUGUGCUUUUGGCAGUCCAUAUCAUUACAGUUCAUAUCCCUUUUGUGGCCUUGUCACUUUUAUGCAUUUACACAGUAUGAAGAGGUCAGGAAUUGUAGCAGUAGAAUUUUGGUAGGAUUUCAUUUUCCUUGUCUGACUAGUAUCGGGUUGUUUCACUGUGUUUUUGGAAAAGUAUAGAUGUGCACCAUGACUUAAUACACAUCCGUUUCUUUCGGCUGACCAAUUAUUCUUGUUAGAGCUUUUUAGAGUAGCCCACCACUUCCUAUUACAAAUUUAAUAGCCAAUAACAGGUGUUGCCCUUGUUAUUGAGUGUUGACCAACUUCUGAAAUUAAACUUUUCUGGAAAAUCUUUGUAAUACCAUAUCUUUGGCACUUCUCCUUCAUGAAGAUGAAAGAAUAGAUCAUUUGACAGCAUCCUCUUUUCCAAAACACUUUGAAAUGACCUCAUCAUAAACUGCUGACCUUAGCUUUGCUUUCUUUUGGCAGUGUCGACCGUCUCAUUCUGAUUUCGGCUAUUUGCUACUUGCCACAGGGACGAUGUAAACCCUAAACUGUGUUAUAGCAAUAACUUUUUGUGAUAGAGAGGCAUAUAUUUAUAUAAUAUAUUGCAAGUGCUAUGGUACAUAUUGUGUACCUUUGAGAAAAUUAGUCAAGAUGAUGUCCCUGUUGCUAGUCGACUGCCCCACCCUAAACCUUAAAAAACAUUCUCAAGGAGUUUCAUGUGGAGGACCAGGACAGAGUUGUAUGCAGUUAAUAAUUUCCUCUUGCUAGAUCUCGCUAGAUUUACUUUGGUACUUCAUUUGUUCGCCUGGGCUGUCGGCUCAUUCCUCUUGCUGCCUCUUGUGAAACUUCUUGAGAGCGCUUCAAAACAUGCAAGGACUUACAAUUGUGUUCUGGUGCAUUGUCCACUGUAGGACAAGCACAUGUGAUGCAUUGUUUGUAUUGAAGACACUGGAUUGUGAUUGCUUUCCUUGAGGUAUUUCAUGUCAUGAUUUCUGCAUAAUUUUCUUGGAUGCCAGUCUAAAUGAGAGCAUAUUUUGUACAGCAGGGUUUCCCCUGUAAUUUGUACCAGUAUACAUGUAUGUGUCACUACAAUUGUUACAUCUGUCAAAGACUUUUGGUACAUUGAUUUUAAGAAAACGGUUCAGUUUCUAUGAAUGUUAUUGUUUCACAACGUUAUUCAAGUUGUUAAAAUCAAAAUGAAAAAAACCCAAAUGAACAGAUUAUGAUUGGUAUUCCGAGGUUAUUUUGUAGGGUCAGGGAAGAAUUGGCAUUAUUGAGAAAUCAUUUGCGAAAAAGCAGUCUCUAAAUGUCACCCCCGUAACUGCUACGUUCUAUUUCAUAUCAUAGGAAACCCUGCAAAUUUGUUACUUUUGUCAAUUGCUGACAAGUAUUGUGAUUACGCUUCAAUCUCGCACGAGGAGAGCGAGUUAAUUUUGCUCCGCCGAUUUGCGCAUUACGCAUUACAAUGGUGCCCAAUGCUUCGUGCAAUAUGUGCUUCACUAUGGCCGUAUGAAAUGUUCUAAUCAGAUCAGGUUACUCUCAACACUACUUCUUUCGUGGUAUGAGAUGGUGAAAUUAUGAGACUUCAAGAAAAUCCACCAUUUGGUACCAGUCCUGGGAAAUUAUAACUUAUUUAAAGUUGGGGAAAAGUAAACUUUGUUAAAUCUGACCAAAUAUAUUUGCCAAGUGCGCUUGGUUUCGCCAUCUUUGGAAGAAAGAGUGUUGUCCAGUGCCAUGUCUGAAACAAGGGUUCCCCUUGCACUAAAUAGUCACAUUUCUCUUCUUUCCAUUGUAUUGUUUUACUCUCUAGAGAUGAGCCCUAGAAACACUUUGUUGAGGGCUUUUGGUGAUCAUGCAUUUGCAACCAAGGAUCUCGGACAUUUGUGCUAUUUCAGAAAUCAUCAUGUGUGUGGUUCCAAAGCCAUGGAAAUAAAAUCCUAGAAGUUAGUUAUUGUUUUUAUCCACAAGUCCUACUAGCAAGCAGAAAAAAUCAUGGUUAUUUGUUGAAAAAAUGGGGGCGCGUCUGGGGUAGCAGAUUGAACAAUGAUUGACCAUUUGGUUUUAGACUUAUAAAUACUUGUAUACUUUGUCCUUAUUUUUGUACAGCACACAGUGACACACUCGCAAGGUCUCAUGUCUGGAUGGAACCCCCCUCUACAUUGUAUAAUUUGGUUCAAGCUGUGGUGUUUUCAAGCCAUGGCUGGGAUCGUUUUGUAAAUAUCUGGGGAGCAGGCAGUGAUCCUGUGAAACUUGCUGGUAAAAAGCAUUAAAAAUAAAAUGACUUUGUCUGUGUACA